GUGGAUGAGGUAAGUUGCAUCUAAGCGAUUCCCUGUCUGGUAUCUGAUUACGCAGUACACCGCUUAGACGCAUACCGCGAGCUACGUCGUCCCUGGAGCUAACUAGCAGGAUCACUCUCAGCAGCAUAACGACAGCUAGUCAUCGCUUUCAAACGAGCCCUCUUCAGCACAUCAUCCAGCCAUGCGUCUAUCAAGAACAGCAGGCCUCAUGGCCUUCUGCGCCUCGGCUCAAGCCUUCACCGACUCGUCGCCUUUUGUGAUGCUGUCGACCGCGAAGUUCGCGCAAUCAAACCCCGCCCAGCUCCAGACCGAAGCCCAAAUCGUCAAAUCCGUUCAGGAUCUCCUCUCUUCGUGCCCGACGGAUCGUUACCUCCUCGUUGCUCAGCCCAACGUCAACGCCGCAGACAUCCGCGGCCCGGACGGCGGCGACUGCAAGGCCUUGAAUCUAUGCCGUGCGAUCGCCGGCAGCGACAUCCUUGGCGUCUACAGUGUCGCUGAGGUAGUUGGCGAAAUUCCCAUCGGCAAGCUGUCUGAUUACAUCAAGACGGCAUGCGCGGGCAAGACGGUCGAGAUCGAGCAGACCCGGCUUGCCCCCCUCGGACGGGACUCCCACGAGAGGGCCACCACGCUCGCCGACAACGACUAUCUCCUCGGUCGCAACCUCGAGAAGCUUCGCGAUGCGUCCAAAUCCUACACCGUCAUCUACCUCGCCAGCCCGUCCGAGCCUACCUAUCAGGCCGAGUUCACCGGAGAGCCUCUGCACGCAGAGCUGAAGCGCCACGAGGCGAGCCUCCUGCAUGCCAGGAAGGACAAGAACGAAACGGAAUGGAACAAGCUUCCUCUUUUUGAAAAAUACGUCUUCUUUUCGCCAGGCAUUUUCCACGCCAUUGUUGCGUCCAUCAUUCUCUUCAGCAUUCUCGGUGUCGCACUUAGAGCGCUCGCCAGCCUCGAGAUUCCGUACGGGGCUUUCGACAAGGAAAACGGCCCCGCCGCUCACAAGAAGAGUCAGUAGAUGUAUACCAAAUACGCCGCGAGAGCACGUUGCGAAUGUUUUCGCGGCGACCUCUGUAUUUCAACUCGAGAAGAUUGUCAGGAGUUACCGGCUGUCUUUGACAGGCAUGUUUCGAGCAAAGGAGGGAAGGGCAGCAUGGGCAUGAGGGACAGCACCCGAAAGUGCGUUCGCUAGUAACCCGAUACAGUGUUUUGGCAAAUGACAUGAAAGUGUAUUUCUAUAACAAAUGAACUUUUUUUUCUCUCUUGGCCGCCCAACCCCCACUAGACUUUUCAUGAUGUCAAUAAAACGCCGUACGCCUCCCCCCCUCCCACCCUUAAGCCCGACCUGGUGGUCUCGAGUGU